AUGAGAAACAAAAAGUUAAUUACAUGGUCUUUCCUUCUCAUUUUAGUUGUGGUGGGAUCAUUUGUAGUCGAAUAUGUGGGAUCUAGUAUUGUAACUGAAGUGAAAUCAAGUUUAGGACAAAGAUCGGAACAAGGAUUAGGGGUUAGAACCAAAGAAAACGUUUGGAACGCACCAAAUUUAAAAGUGAAAUACGGAAAAAAACUAAAGAAUGAGGCUAAGAAGUCAGCUAAGAACAAAUCUUCAAGUGAUCUACCUAAUUCUAUUUCAAGGUAUCCAGAUUUGUUGUCUCAAAAAGAUCGGGAUGAAAGUACCAAACAAAUAAAAAUGGAGGAUGAAGUGGCAGGUGCCCAGUACUAUUCAAAAAUGAGCAAGGUUUACUCCAAGAAUCCAAAGUUAUCAAGAAGUACAACAUACCCUAUGUAUACUUCAAAUUAUCUACCUGUAGAAAAAUAUAUUGAAGAUUUUUUUGUGUCUGGAUCAAUGUUAACAAUGGAAGACAGGAUUGAUGAUGAAUGUGCUGGAUAUCUACUGGAGGCUGAUGGGAUUUCAAAGUCCAGGACAAUCAGCUUCAAAUGUCCAUUGGGAUCAGCAAUUUCAUAUUUGAGAUUUGAUUACAAAGAAUUCACAUUCAAUGCAAAAAAAAAGAAGGAUUCAGAAAAUAUCAAACAUACUGAAAUAGCUAUUACCGGUUUGGGAUUUGGAUGUGAUGAUAACCUGAGUUUUAUUCACAUAGGUAGUCUUGCAAAAUCUGAAGUAAGAUUGUCAAUACCUCAAGAAAAGAAAAUGUGGAUUCAUAAUGUUACUGCAUUUAUAGAAAGAUCAAUCACUGGGCAAGAGUAUUUGUCAGGAUUAUCAGCUUCUGGAGUUGACGGGACAUUUGGAGUUAAUAUUCCUAAUAAUGAUUUUCAUAUUGCUUAUGAUUUAAGAGAAAAUCCUCCAUUUCUCUCAAGAUCUCAUUUUUCAAAGUCUAAAGAAUGGAGUGGAAGCUUUAUUACUGGAGGAUGUGUUGGAUUAAAUUCUGGCAAAAAAAUGAGUUUUAUUAACAGAAUUGCUUUGAUUCCAAUUAAUGUCCAGCCUUUGAAAAGUAUUCCAAUAGACCUAUCUCCUGAGUCUUAUAGGUUUGAGAAUAAUAGUGUCAAAGUUGAAAAAGUACUUGCAGUUCCUAAGCUUUGGCCAGAAUGUCAAAUGCUGUUUGGAACAUCCUCGGGUAAAUAUCAAAGUAACUUCUUUCUUUUUAAACUACCAAAUGUUGUUAGCCAAUUUUAUUUCAACUUUAUUGAAGUUACCUAUACUUUAAAACAUGUUCCGAUUUCAAUUGAGUUUAAGGAAACCGUUUCAGAAGGCUCAGUUUUACUUGGAAGAAGAGUUAAAGAUUCUUCAGUUAUUAAAGUCUCUAGGACUGGAUCAAUUUCUCAAAUUACAAUUGGACUUACUGAGGAUAAUAUGAGCACUCUUCAGCUAGGGUUUGUCUCAUACUUAGAAGUGGUUAUUGACGGAAUUAGCACCAUAUUUAUACAAGAAAGAGUUCCGAGUUUCAAAAGAACUUUCUCUGGUAAUAAUCUCAAGUAUAUAUGUACUGAAGUUUCUAGUACUGGCACACUUUUAGGAUUUGGAGCUUACUUUACUAAGAAGCUUUAUGUAUUGCCUUUUAUUCAAGGAGGAGUACAAACUCAUUUCUCAGAUUUACAAGGGAUCUUUUCUUCAGAAAGUUUAGAUUCUUCUAGUACUGAUAUUGAAGUUGAAAAAGUUCAGUAUUUACUUCCAAAACAUAAAAAAAGAUCAUUAAUCCCAGUUCUUGACUUUAUUUCUGAUAGAACUGUGGAUGUUUACCAAGGGAAAAGUAUUACCAAAAAUAUAUGUAACUUUGGGGAACAAUCCAAGUUAAAUGAUGAUUUUGAUUAUUAUUUAGUAACUUGUAAACCUGGGUAUUUCUUAAAAGGACUGCAUGAAUUCUCUUGGACUUCCGAGGAUCCUAUGCAAGCUUUCCAAAUAACUUGCGGAAAUGGAGAAGUUAGAAUUGGUGAGAAAACUCCUAAUAAGGGAGGUGUUACAAUUAUAGAAGAUGUACAGGAGGCUCAAAGUCUUGCUUUUGAAAUAGGAUACAGAGGAGAAAAUCUCUCUAGUGAGUUUAUGCCAGUAUCUUUGAAGAUCUAUAACUCAAAAGGAGAUGAAUUAUAUCAUCACAGAACUGUAGACAAAAAGUUAAAGAAGAUUAUUACUUCUGAUUCAAAGAUUAGCUGGAAAUAUGACAAGGAUGGACCAUUCUAUGGAAUUUGUUUUGGAAUUGAGACAUUCAACGGAAAAUCCAUAAUUAGAGGUAUCACAUUGGCAAAACCAGAGAUCCAUCGUGAAAAACAAAUUAGUGAGUCAGUUGUAAGACCUAAAAUAUUCUAUCCACCAGAAUAUAGAGCUUUUGGACUUGCUUACAUAGCUUUUGGAGAUGUUGCAAUAGCAACAAGAGUUGGAUCUUCACCUCCAGAAGAGUGUAGAAACCAAUGGAUAAUAGAUAGGAAGAACAAGAAAUUAGAAAAGUCUAAAGAUGUGGGUACUUUUGCAUUUACAUGCCCUAAAGGACACAUUAUUACCCAUAUUCAUGCUAGAUCAAACAAAAAGACUGAGUUAAUGGGAGUUGUUGGACUUCUUUGUUCUGAUGGGUAUUCUGGAGCCAUAAUUGGAACUUACCAAGAUCUUGUUCUGAUAAGAAAUGUUAGCUUGGUUGAGAAUCUCCUUAGUAUUAGCCCUCCUUACUAUAUACACUCAGUUCUUGCUGGGAUUCCACAAAUAUUUGGUGAAAAAUUUCUUGCUAGGCUUGAAACUUAUGCUCAGACUCUAUCGGGAGAAACAAACUUAAUAUAUAAAUACUUGUCGAGCAAGAGUGGAAUGGCUCGUAAGAAAGGAACUAAGUCCAAUGAAAUUAAAGAUGGUCCAUUUGAUGCAUUUUGUGCUUUGGUGCAAAGCAAACUUAUUAGAAACUCAUUGAAACUAAAGAAGGAGGGUAUUUUAAAUAUUGGUCUCAAAGCUGCUCCAAAGAUAGAGACUCUUAAGGGUGGAAAUCCAAUUCAUACUAUUGGAAACAUUUUUGUCAACCAAAUUGGUUAUCCUCAAUGCCAAAUGACAAGAGCUCCUUUAACAACAGAAAUAAGGGAAACCUUUACAGUCGCUUGUCCAGAUUCAAGCUCGUUCACUAAAAUUAUUCCCUUGAAGUUCUCUUCAGAGAAGAAUUCCAAAAUUGUUGCUUUUAUUGUUGAAUGUGAUAAUGGAGGAAGGGCUUUAAUUGGAUACUCUUCCAUUAAAGUUGAUUUGGAUACUUUGUUAGAUAUUCCAGAAGAUUAUAAAGUGUUUUCUAAGGAUUUACCAGCACAAUACCUUACAGGGAUAGAUGUUUCAUUCGACUUUAAAAAGACAGGGAUACAAGGAUUUGAUCUUUAUAUUAAUGAUGGAAGAUUCAACAUUUAUCCAAUUGGUAUAAAUAAAGAGGAGAUCUCUACUUUAUAUACCAGAAAAUAUAGUGGAUAUUCUCUGUCAAUGAUUUGCCUAGAAUUUGGAGAGACAUCUAAGGAAGUGACUGGGUUUGGAGCAUACUUUAGAUCUCAGGGUUUGUAUUGGGAAGAUGAUUUCAUUUUACCUCCAACUCAGUUCCCUUUCAUAAAGGAAGAAAAAGACUCAUUUAGCAAAAUUUCCAAGAUAAAGGAAUCCAAAUAUGUUAAGCUUUCUAACUCAUUUGUAGUUCCAGAACCAGAAACAGUUUGUAUGGACUGGGCAGGAGUUCAUAAUAAGAAUAAUUUGAAUUUUGGUUUAUCUUGUGGAGAGGUUUCCAUAAAAGAAAUCAUUAUUUGUUACGGAGAAGAGAAAUCUGAAAUUGCUGGAUUUAAGGUAAUUUGUGAUCACAAAGACAAAGAUUCCUCAUUCAGUGUGGGUAUCUGCGAGGAUAAGCUUUCAAAAGUUAUAAACUUGAAUGGAGCUUCAGAGCUGGAGCUUGGGUUUAGCAAAAACUCGAAUUCAUUUGGGUUCUUCUUAGUCUCUAACACAGAGGGAAUCGUUUUGGAGAAAUUCAAAGCUAAGACUUUGGAUUCUGAGGGACUUGGCUCAAGCAUUUAUUGGACUUCAGACUCUAAUAAUGGGAAAAUUCUAAGCACCCUUUGUUUUAAUUUGGAUGAAGAAAAUGGUGGGAUUAAAGGGGUUGGAGUCCCAUCUAAAAACAAUGAGGAAAUUUGGAAUGAGAUUGAAGGUUUGAGUUUAGAAGAAGAAAUUACUCAACAUAAUAGACAUUAUGCUUCAGAGCCUAAAGAAAGCAGAACUGUUAGGGGAGUCCCAAAGGUAAACUCACAUGCAAAUUUGGACGAUAUUGUAACUCUAUCACUGAACGAAUUGUAUGGUGGAUACAUUACUCACGAUAAAAAUGAGUUUUCUACUUAUUGCAGAAAACUGGUUGGAAUUCACAAGGAAAAUUCAAAAAACACCGCAGUCCUUUGCCCUAGUAGUCACAGAAUUGCAACCAUAAUGCUUUAUUUGUCCUCUCCUCCACCUGACGGUAGAAUAGUUGGACUGCACGUGGCUUGCCACAACCAAUUCAGGUCAGAGAAAGUUUCUGUGGAUGACUCCUGGACUGGUAUGUUUGAAAUAGGGACCAAGACCGAGUAUGUUCUAAAACAAGGAAGCGCUGCUACCAUAUUUAAACGUCUAUCAUUUGGGAUGAACUCAAGAAACCAACUGAUUUACGUAUUUGCCAGCGAUGAAAUAGGAAGAAGGUACAUUAUGUAUUCACAGGCUGGUGAGACAAUUUCAAAGUUGACUGAAUAUAAUCAGUCCGAAGGCUACAACUACUUAAGAGGCCUUUGCUUUGAAAUGGAUAAUAAGAACAUACAUAGGAUUGGGUUUAUAAUCGAAUAG